GCCAUUCAGUUGACGUUUGUGUUAACCACCAAACAAAGAUCAAAUAAUUAGUGAUCAUUGGUGUUAUUUUUUCACAAGAAUUAUUUAAAAAACGAGUUUAAGAUGGAUAAAUUUCGUAAAAUGGAGGACGAAAUGAGCAGAUUUGAGGCUGAAAUUUCGGGACAAGCUCUGAUGGGCAAUGGAUCUUUUCCCGGAGGAUUCGCAUUACCAGGAUUCGGAAAUAUUCCACCACCUCCUGCUCCCCCUAUGUUGAUACCUCAUCAAGUCAAAAGCUUCAGAAGACCAAAUUCAAGUUAUGAUACAUAUGCAGCUCCUGUUGUUGCCCAACCUGCAGUGGUUUCAGCUAAACCUACUUUGUAUACUAUUCCUGCAAAAACCAAUAUUUCUGCUCCAACACAAACCCAAUCUUCUGUUGAUUUUAUGGCUUUGCAAAGUGAAGUAGAAAAGAAAUUGAAGAAACUGAAAAAUGAGAAAAUAAGUGCCGAGGUUGCUAUAUCUCAAGGAAAAGCAAGUAGUGCUCUACAAUCUUUUGGUCCGGAGGAUUAUAAAAGGAAAGGCAGUAAAAAUAAAAAGCUCUUAAGGCUGGCAGGGGGCCAAACAUGGGAAGAUCCAACUCUGGCAGAUUGGGCGGACGAUGAUUUCAGAAUGUUUUGCGGAGAUUUAGGCAAUGACGUUACCGAUGAACUGCUUACAAGAACUUUCAACAAGUAUUCCUCUUUUCUAAGAGCUAAAGUUAUCAGAGAUAAGAGAACUAAUAAAAGUAAAGGAUAUGGUUUUAUAAGUUUCAAGGAUCCAGCCGAUUUUACAAAAGCUAUGAAGGAAAUGAAUGGUCGAUAUGUUGGCAGCAGACCCAUCAAGCUCAGGAAGAGCUCCUGGAAAAACAGAUGUGUUGACAUUGUGAAGAAAAAAGAAAAAGAAAGAGCAGCUCUGAUGAAUCUCUUAACAUCUGGCCCAGGGCGGUAGAUCUAGAUUGAAUUUUGUAUCAUAAUGUAUAUAGAAUGAAAAAACAGAUAUUAUCUGGAAAAGAUAUAAAAGACCUGAUACGAAGUGUAAUUCAAAUUUAUUUAUAUGAAAAACCUUGUUCUGUUGUAUAUUUUGAAUGUAUGCUUCUUAACUGUUUUUUUUUCAAUUUGGAAUUCACUAGGUACUAAAAUUGACAAUGUUGAGUAAUCUACACAUUAUUUAAACCAAUUUUAUUGAAGAAUAAUUGAAAUAUUCAAUAAUAAGUUGCAUUGCAAGAAUGUAAUUAUCGUUCAAUAUGAAUUGGUUUAUAUGCCAUACAUUUGUUGACUUUCACAAGAAGUUUUGAAUAUGUAAUGUAAUGAUUUUUUAUUUGUAUAAAAAGGAUCUUCUGAAUAAAGAUUGAGAAUUAAAA